CAUCAAGCUUUUGCCCGCAGAAAAUGCCUUUUCUGUCUGCUAUGCGUUCUGCACUGCACAGUGUAAAAACUACCUGCCUUCCAGGCUCGCUGUGAAAAUAGCGACAGCAGUGAGGGGCUUUGCUCCUGUCAGCUCUGAGCCUGUGAGGCUGGGAGCCAGGCCGAGGGUCUGCCUUUCCUGGAGGGCCAGCGUGAUGCAACCCAAGUCCCCGAAGAAGUGAAGAAGUCUGAUUUCGGAGAGUGCUUCCUUUUCCACACACAUCUCAUUAGGCGGAUGAUCUGACCACAGAUUUCCAAGAAAGCAUCUGAAUCCCAAAAAGUCACCUCGAGGACCUGCCUGAGAAAGAUGCCCGCAGAAAUUGAGCCAACCUGGAUGUGACCGAGCACAGUGGGCGGUCACCCCGGGGUCUCACAGGGAGGGAGGCUGCGGUAAGGAACCUCCAGCCCUGGAAUGUGAAACCACCAGCUGACACACAACGGAAGUCGCAGGGGACCAGCCUCCUAGAGUACUGGGAUCAUAAGGAUGUGCCACCACACCCAGAGGGUCACUGCUGUCAAUUUCUAAGGCUGAAAGUUAAAAAUUUCUCCUCCCAGGAGCUGGGGAUUUAGCUCAGCGGCUUAAGCGCCUGCCUUGCAAGCAUGUGGUCGUGAGUUUGAUCCCUGGUACCGAUAAAAAAGAAAAAGACAAAAAAUUUCCCCUCCCUUGCUGGGGGUGGUGGCACAUGCCUCUAAUCCCAGUAUUGGGGAGGCUGAGGUAGGAGGCUCACUGCAUCCUGGACUCCAUAGUGAGUUCAAGGACAGCAUGAAGUCAUGAUGAGAACCUGUUUAAAAAAAUGGUUUUUUUUUCCUCUCCCUAAUCUUAUUUUAAAUUUUCCAGCAGCUGUGUCAGUUCCUCAAGGAUCAGGACAAAUAUCCACCUGCUACACCAAGAACAGAUGUCAUGACCUAUGAAUCACUUAUUUUAUUCUCUGUUCUUGCUCAGGUCUUGGUCCCUGUAGCAGAUUCUCACCUCAUUUGUCAGUCAAAGCACCCCUAACCCAUCUGCCCUUUCCAGAGCCUCAGUACCCAGCACUAUGCUUAGUGUCUGGCUGGGCUCCUUCCUCAAAGGCCUCCGAUGCGCUUGCCCUUGGUCUCCUGGGAACCAGAGGUGGCAUCCGGCUACAACACUCCAUCCUGGCACACACCAGACCUGGAUAUGCCAGCCAGGGCUCCGAGGCAGGGCAGCAGGGAAUGUGGACAGCCAGGUUGGGCUACUGUCAUUUUGCAGCCCAGGACACCGAGGUCCAGUCCUUUGUCGCCAUGCCCACGGCUGCCAGGACGUGCGCUGCAGCCAGGUCGGGUCGAGCCCAGCGGAGUCGAACGAGCCGAGGCCAGCCCGAGUCGUGCCCAGCCGAGGCCGGCUGUGUCCCACGGCCCAGGAUCCGGGCAACCUCCGCCUUCUUUUCGCUUUGCGCGCCAGCAUUGCAGCGCCCGCCUCGCCGGGACCCUCGGACGCAACCGGCUGAUCGUCCCUGCUGCAAAGGAAGAGAUGAUCUUCCAGAUCCCGUGGAAGCAUGCGGCCAAGCAUGGCUGGGACAUCAAUAAGGACGCCUGUCUCUUCCGCAGCUGGGCCAUUCACACAGGCCGAUACAAAGCAGGGGAAAAGGAGCCAGAUCCCAAGACGUGGAAGGCAAACUUCCGCUGUGCCAUGAACUCCCUGCCAGACAUCGAGGAGGUGAAGGACCAAAGCCGGAACAAGGGCAGCACAGCUGUGCGGGUGUAUCGCAUGCUUCCACCUCUCACCAAGAACCAGAGGAAAGAGAGAAAGUCCAAGUCCAGCCGUGACACUAAGAGCAAGGGCAAGAGGAAGUCAUGUGGGGAUUCCAGCCCCGACACCUUCUCAGAUGGGCUCAGCAGCUGCACCCUGCCCGAUGAUCACAGCAGCUACACAGCUCAUGGCUACCUGGGACAGGACCUGGACAUGGAUCGGGCCCUUACUCCAGCACUGUCACCGUGUGGCAUCAGUAGCACUCUCCCGGACUGGCACCUACCGGUGGAGAUCAUGCCAGAUAGCACUAGUGACCUUUACAACUUCCAGGUGUCACCCAUGCCUUCCACCUCUGAAGCUACGACAGAUGAGGACGAGGAAGGGAAGAUCCCCGAGGACAUCAUGAAGCUCUUGGAGCAGUCAGAGUGGCAGCCCACGAAUGUGGACGGGAAGGGUUACCUGCUCAAUGAACCUGGAGUCCAGCCUACAUCCGUCUACGGAGACUUCAGCUGCAAAGAGGAGCCAGAAACUGACAGCCCAGGGGGUGACAUUGGGCUGAGCCUACAACGCGUCUUCACCGAUCUGAAGAACAUGGACCCCAGCUGGCUGGAUGGCAUGCUGCCCCCAGUCAGGCUGCCCUCCAUCCAGCCCAUACCCUGUGCGCCAUAGCUGGGCCCCUGGCCCCCUCGCUCACAGGCAAGCAGGACCUCGCAUCGUGGUGGCUGUGGUGCAGAAAAGCUAGGCCCCUGUGGGCCUCAGUGAAGCAAACCAAGACCCCUCUGCCAAGCAAGGAUGGUGCUGUUCCCCCUUGGGUCGGUCAGUGGACGCUCAGGACCUGCAGGCCAGGGACUGGGCUCAUCCUGUGGCGUGAAGCUGGCUUAGCCUCUCCGGAAGAGGGUGGAGGGGUCCUAAGGGACCGGUGACUCAGGCGGAGACUUGGACAGGAGUGGGCCUGUCUCGCUUUUCCCUCAGCCCAGCUGCCUGCAGAGGGUCUCACUGUCAUUGAGCUGGCCCCAGGGAACAGAUGGGUGACCUCAGAAGAGCACAGCACCAAGCCCAGGCUGGCUCUGCCUAAGAGACAGUUGCACUAAAUGAAUCGUACUCCCAAAGAACCGCCUCCCUUCCCAGUUGAGCCCUGGGCACUGUUUGAAAGCCAGUGAAAUGUGAAGGAAGGAGGGGUCCUGCGUGGCGGUGCCCCCCAGCCUCAGAGCAGCCCUGCUCCUGCUCCGGUUGAGGGGCAUGGGAAGAUACAUGGCACUUUCUUGUGGACCUUGCCACAUUCCUUAUCCAAGGUGUACACUAACGUUUUCCCCAAGCUUUUGGCCUCUGCAUUUAUUUAUACAGUGCCUUGUCCAGUGCCCACCACCCGCCCAGGCCCUGGCAGCCCCGGGAAGGAUGUGUGAGCGCCUUGGUGUGACAGAAUUGGAAAUACCAUCAAACCAGAGUCAUGUAUAAUGGAUCAGUGUAAAUAUGUACAGUUCUCUUUUUAUAAAAAGUCAAUUGUUUACAA